GUGGCAGCCGCAGGAGCCGAGGAGAUGGGAGACAAGGAAGCCAGCGCGACUCUCCAGCCCAGCCCCGGAGCGAAGGGCGCCCCUUUGAGGGGCAGGUUCUCCCGGCAGCUCAAGAGACAUCCAGGACUCAUCCCCCUCAUUGGCUUCAUUGGACUCGGUCUGGGAAGCGCUGCCCUCUACCUUUUGAGGCUGGCCAUCUACAGCCCCGACGUGAGUUGGGAUAGGAAGAAUAAUCCAGAACCGUGGAAUAAACUGAGUCCUAAUGAACAGUACAAGUUCAUGGCUGUCUCCACGGACUACAAAACCCUGAAGAAAGAUCGCCCAGACUUCUGAGGGUGCCACGGCCAUCUUCCAGCUCCUGCCAUGUCCAGGGAAGAACCACUUGCUGCUCUGCACACUCACAUCUUCUGCUCUCACAUUGAGUCUUUAAUCAUCUUUCACUUAAAUUGUGUACAUGCCUUAAAAUUGCACACAUGCUACUACCGCUUCCUGCCUGCCUAUGUAUUGAUUCGCUGGUGCCAGAUUGCAGAUGGCCAAUAAAAUAUCUACAGCCCAUUCAGCAGAA